AUAGUGAAAGCUCAAGUGAUGGGUACAGCCUGGAGGGGUGGGAGAGGUGCUCCCUUACUCUUCUGGAAUGACCAUUUUUCUACAUCCUUCCAAGGCUGUGGUACUGGAGAUGUCAUUCGCCAAGACAGAGCUUUGCCAAUGACAACCCUCUCCAGCUUCUCAGGAUCAAUCUCUGAGUAAAUCCAACUUCGUAUCAUCUACUUACUGGACAAGUGUCUAAUUUCCUUUUUCUCUCCACUGUACUUGGUGUCAUGCAAGACUCUACUCACACUGAUUAAGGAUACUGGAAGAGUGAAGAUCAGAGAAUUGUGAGUGUGAAACCUUAAUGAGGAUAAGAUACUUAUAUAGACAAAGGAAUUACCCAUCACUUUAAGUACUGUUGCUUUUACUUUAACCACACCAGUGUGACAACUUGAAAAGCUCCCGUGACAAAAAUCAAGAAAAUCUAAAAUAAAUGAAUAAUAACUCGACAUGCAUUCAACCAUCCGUGAUUUCUACCACAGCUUUACCAAUCACUUACAUCUUUUUGUGUAUUGUUGGUCUCUUUGGAAACUCACUUGCUCAAUGGGUAUUUUUAACAAAAAUAGGUAAGAAAACAUCAACACAUAUUUACUUGGCAAAUCUUGUGACUGCGAACUUACUUGUGUGCACUGCUAUGCCUUUCAUGGGUGUAUAUUUCUUGAAGGGUUUUUAUUGGAAAUAUCAAUCUGUACAAUGCAGACUGGUCAAUUUUUUGGGAACUCUAUCCCUGCAUGUAAGUAUGUUUGUCAGCCUCUUAAUUUUAAGCUGGAUUGCUAUAAGCCGCUAUGCUACUUUAAUGAAAAAGGAGUCCAGGCAAAAGGCCACCUCAUGCUACGAGAGAAUGUUUUAUGGUCACUUACUGAAAAGAUUUCGCCAGCCAAACUUUGCCAGAACAAUGUGUAUUUAUAUAUGGGGAGUUGUGCUUGUUGUUAUUCUUCCAGUUACCUUAUACUACUCAGUGGUUGAGGCUACAGAAGAAGGAGAGAGCCGGUGCUACAAUCGAAAGAUGGAACUGGGAGCCAGCCCUUCUCAGAUUGCGGGUCUCAUUGGAACCACAUUUAUUGGAUUCUCCUUUUUAGUAGUAGUAACAUCAUACUAUUCUCUUGUCAGCCAUCUGAGAAGAGUAAGGACCUGUACCUCCAUUACUGAGAAAGAUUUGACCUACAGAUCUGUGAAAAGACACCUUUUGAUCAUCCAGGUCCUCCUAGUAGUCUGCUUUCUUCCAUAUAGUAUUUUUAAACCCAUUUUUUAUGUUCUGCACCAGAAAGAACAAGACUGUCAGCAGCUGAAUUAUUUAAUAGAAGCAAAAAAUAUCCUCACUUGUCUUGCAUCAGCCAGAAGUAGUACUGACCCCAUUAUAUUUCUUUUAUUAGAUAAAACAUUCAAGAAGACACUAUAUGAUCUCCUUACAAAACCUUAAUUCACUGCACAUACUAUCAUGUGGAUGGAUGGCUUUUGGACAGAAAACACCACAAAAUAGAAAAAAAUGCAUGUCACUCUAUUAGUGACAUUAACGGGCACCAAGAAAACUUCUAUGGUUUUUUUUAAAGAUAUAUGCAUAAAAUUGGACUUAUAGUUCUACUUAUAUUAAAAGAUGAAAUGGCAGAAACUUUCAGAGACAAGUCAAGUAUACCAAAAGGAUUCUACUGUGCAUGAAGUCAGACAUUGUUUUGUUUUCAGUCAGUUGUGGAUCUUCUGUUCAAAACACAAUAUUUUAUGACUAAAGGAUGAAGAACAAAAAAGGUUUAUGGGUUUGCCUGAUUUCUAACCUAGUCUAUGGUCAGAUUUGAUUUUGUUUAUAACUUGAAAAAAUGAUUAGAAAAAUGUAAGUACUGGAAAAGUCAACUAGUAGGAAAUGUCUUUGUUUAAAUCCCAUCUAUAACUAGCUGCAUGAAGUCAAUUUGGUAUAAUUUGGCUCAUUUUAUUACUGGUAAAGGCAAUAUUCAAUGAUUCCAAUACUUAAUACAUAGAUUUCGCUUACAAACAUUUGGAUUAUAUUUGUCAUUAUAUAUAUAUAUAUAUAUAUAUAUAUAUAUAAUGAUAUGUUAUAAUCAUAUAAAUAAUGGUGCUAUCAAUGAUGACAGUACCUUCCAUAUGUUUAAUUAAUUUUUAUAAAUUAAACAAAAAUAAAGAAGUAUAAUCAUAUUGGAUAAAAGGCUGGCCUCUGGAUUCAAACUCUCUGGGUUCAAUACUGGCUCUACCUCUUAUUUAGGUGGAGAAUCUUAGGCAAAUUACUUACCCUCUUUACAUAUUAGUUUCUUUCAUUGUGGAACAGAAAAUAUGACCUGAUUCAUAUCACUAUUAUUAAAUCAGAUACUGUUCAGCACUUUCUAUGGGCUAGACCCUCUGUGUAUUUGUUUCACAAUUAUGAUUUUAACAACCACAAAGCAUGUUAGUGUACUUACUGAUGAAAAAACCCAGAUAUGAAGUUAAGUGGUUAUCCCAAUUCCUCCAGUAUUUAAGUAUAUUUAAGAAGCAAUCAUUUCUUAGUGGUAAUUUCUUUCAUGUAAUCUUGGCAGUAAGAAAAAGAGUGAUUAUAUUCUGCAUUGUAUACAUUAUGAAUAAAAAUAAAAAAAAAUGUGUUCUCCAAAUGAUCAUAUGCCCCAUCUUCCUUUUCUACUUCCAUGGUGCUUGCAUUCUCUUCGUGAAUGGAAACUAAUGAAACAGCUGAGUAAAAUCAACCACUGAACACAACUUGGCACAUUGUUAGGAGC